CACACACACACACACACACACACACACACACACACACACACGCACAGACAUUCUGACAACCAUAUACCCACUUGUACCCCUUAUGUCAGUAUGUGUCAGGUGUCAGUCGUGGGGAGAGAGAGGAACUGUGCAGAUCACUCCCGCCGUCCUCUCACACACACACAUUCAUCAGGCGUGGACACAGGCACCUCCUCGGACACCCGCAGGCCCUCACAGAUGUGUGUGAUGAUUUGGAUGUGAGAUAUAUUUAAUGUGUGUGAUGGUUUGGCUUUGGCCAGCUGGGCCAUCUAUGGGCAAAGCUAAAUAUUGACUGAGGAAGAGAGAGGACACAUCCUUGGAGGCCUCUGCCUCAUGUCUGCCUCCACCAUGUCGAUGCACAGUCAGAUGACGAUGAGGGAGAGGAAACUACAGGCUGCCGCCAUCUGUAGAGAAAUACAGGGGCCCAAUGAGUCUGACAUGGACCUGGGCAGGAAGGUGAGCGCUCCUAAGGAGAUCAUGUUGGAGGAACUCUCUCUGGCCUCCAACCGCGGCUCCCGCCUCUUCAAGCUCCGCCAGAAACGCUCUGAGAAAUACACCUUUGAGAGCAUCCAAAACCAGCAGAACACACAAAUCAAUAAUGGAGUGACUCCUAAUGUAGAGAUGAAGAGUGAAAACGGGCAAGAGGGCGGUGACCAAGGUGACCAGACCCCCCCGCCCCCCUCGGACGCUGUACCCGCUGACCCUAACAUCAUCGCUCCAGGUUAUGGCGGUCCCCUUAAAGAUGUCCCACCCGAGCGCUUCAACCUCACAUCCAUCCCACGCUCCUACCACUCUCCAUGGCAACAGGCGCUUAGCAGCGACCCUGACCUGUCCGAGACGCUCCUCCCCUUCAUGGCCGAAUCGGAGCCCAAAGCCGAGACGCCCACCUUCAAGAGCUUCAACCGUGUUGCUUUACCGUUUGGAGGUUUUGGCCGCUCUGCCAAGCUGCCCGCGCCCGCGCCCAAAGACACGCCCUUCAGCCAUGGCCUGAGCCCAGAACCCCCGGCAUCCGAGACCAUCACCCUGCGGCCCACCUUCAACCGCACGGCCUUGGGCUGGAUUUCAGACGGAGCCCCGCUGGUGCUGCCUGAGAUCCCCCUGGACCCCAUCGACCCGAACUUCAUCCCUGAGUCCGAAGAUCUCUAAGGCCCUCACAUGAUGUGUGCGUGUGUGUGUGUGUGUGUGUGUAUAUGUGUCUGCUCCCGUUAGGGGCACCUGUCUCCCAUGGGUGUCAGUAACCUCUGUCAGCAGCCAGGGGGCAGUGUGCUGGCUGUUUCCCCUGCAGGAUAACCCUACACAUGCUAAAGGUAGCCAUCAGCAGGGCUAGCCUGAGCGCUAUCUCUCAUACCUUCUGUACAUAGACGUGACUCUGUUGAACACAUGUAUUGGUCAUCGUUUGGACCCAGCAGUCCCGGUGUGGAACACAUGUAUUGGCCAUCAUUUGUAGGCCCAGAUUAAAGCCAAAGCAGACAC